GACGGUGCCGUCUAUCUCGGAUCUAUAUACAUUUACGAGUGAAAAGAAGUUUCAAUCUAAUUAGCUCCUUUUUUCGUUUUUCUUUUUCUUUUUCUUUCAUUCUCGUCGCAUGAUUUGACUGUCACCUAUCAUCUCAACACUUCAUUGUCUUUGAGAUAAGCAGCCGCAUCUACUCACACUCUCGGACCUAUCGGCGCGUUUCGAAACAACUAUUGCAAUAGAAAUCUGGCUCAUCUUGCCACAACUCUAUACACUCAGACAAUACACGGGCCCGCCCGUUAGCUAUUAACGCUGGUGCAAAUAUGUCCAUCAUGAAUGGUGGUCGUCUCGCCUUCGUGGCCGGUUCUGGAAUCGCUCUAUUUGCACAAGGAACGAACGCACACGGAGGAGAUAUGUCGAAGAUUCAAGAUGGAGAUGCUAUGAGUAUUGAACCUAUUGACUCGAUAUUAUGGGUUCAUAUCUUGCUGCAGAUGUUUGCCUUUGGCAUUAUCUUUCCGACCGGAAUGGUUCUUGGAAUUGUGCGAAAUAGAUGGCAUGUACCUGUGCAGAUAUUAGGAACAGUUAUCGCAGUGGCGGGAUAUUUCUUGGGGCAUCUCCAUGGAGGACGAGUCUUUGCGAAAAAUGUUCACUCAGCGUUCGCCAACAUUCUGAUGCUUAUGCUUGCCGUUCAAGUUGUAUUCGGCAUCUACCUCAAAUUUCAUAUCACGAAAGGUUUCCACGGAAAGAUUCGAAAGGUCGCGGUUCAUGGUCAUGGAAUUGUUGGAAAGGCAAUGCCAGUUGUGGCUUGGGUACAAAUGCUUUUCGGUGGAAUCGCAGCUUUGGGUUUCUGUCGUGAUGAUCAUCUUGGUCAAUGUCUCGCACAUUUUAUCAUGGGUAGUGCAUUCAUCGGUUAUGGUAUCUUACUUACGAUUGUUAUGCUGGUUGGACAAGUUUGGUUGAGAAAAACCGGACGAUCCCAAGAAUUCUUCGACUCGGCAGUUAUCGCAGCUUGGGGUUGUGUCAAUACUUUCACCGAACAUAGAUGGGGUGGCGCUUGGGUCGCAAAUGAUAUCCAACACACUACCAUGGGAGUAAUUUGGUGGACUGCUGGUUUGGCAGGAGUCUGGUUGAGCAGAAAGAGAGAUGGUUCGCCAAAGAGAAACUUCAUUCCUGGAUUUGUCAUUUUCAUCACUGGAUGGGCUAUGUCUGGCCACCCACAGCAUCUCCCACUCAGUACCAUGGUCCACAGUGUUUUUGGAUAUACUUUAAUGGCCGCCGGACUUUCAAGAAUUAUUGAAAUUGCUUUCCUCUUGAAAGAUAGGGCUACCUUCUCCGAGGACGGUGAUGCUAACAGUUUCCAAUACGUUCCACCAUUUUUACUUUACGCAUCUGGUUUCUUGUUCAUGGGAGCUACCGAAGAACAAAUGAAACUUAUCUCCGACGCAGGAAUCACCCACGUAUCUUACGUCCUUGUAUUAUACAGUUUCGCCUUCCUCAUAUUCUUAUUAACCAAUAUGUUGGUUCAUAUUUAUGCAGUCAACACCAGCGCACCUCCAGUCCCUCCAAAGGAUGGAGAAGGAGCUCCAGCUCGUCUUCCACGGAUGAACGGCCAUGUUCAUACAGAUUCAAGGCAGAUUCGUGAUGCAGAAGAGUUUGAAUUGGAAGGAUUGAUGAGCGAUGAUGAAUCGCCAGAGAGCCCAAGCACUUUAGGGAAGAACAGCGAGGCUCGAGUAGCUUAGGUAGUUUAUUUCGUUUGUCAUUUCAUUUUGGUAAAAGGUAGAUUUUAAAAGCCCAUGAAAGUUGUUCUCCUUUUCCUAUUUUUCUAUAUCUAGUCUAUUAGGGGUAUCAUAUGCAUCAGCGGGCGUUUCUCUUUUGUUACAAGAAAUGUACAAAAUCCAAUGGAUAAUAUGUUCAGCGC